UGGACCGAGGAGCUUUGGCAGACCGCAGCAGACGAGCACGACCAGAGCUGCGAAGAGCUUUGACUCCAUUUCGUGUAUUAGAAAUGCUCUGGUCCGAGAUAUUUGCCUGAUAUGGGUCUAGAACUGUAAUUUUUUGGAGUUAAUCUUCGCAGUGUUUGGUGGAGGAGCCGGGAGAGCAGCAGCAGCGCUCAGUCUUUUGUGUUUCGCAGGACGGAUUUCCCGCCAUGGCCGAGCAUCUCUCUCAGAGUGAACUGGACUAUCCUUUCAAACUGCUGGAGUACUUUAACGGCUUCAGAGUGUCCAAGGUGAUUUUUUCAGCGUGUGAGCUGGGAGUGUUCGACCUGCUCCUUCACUCCCAGAAGCCCCUCAGUGCAGCUGAGGUGUCACAGGAGCUUGGCACCAGCGAGGAUGGCAUGGAGCGACUGCUUGAUGUGCUGGUGGGCAUUGAGAUUUUGGAGGUGGAGCUUACAGAGGGCACGGCCUAUUACAGCAGCACUGACGUUGCUAAUCUGUAUCUGGCCAAGUCCAGCCCUAAAUCUCUCCAUGACAUGAUCAUCUACCAGUCUCAGACCAUAUACCCUCUCUGGAACAACAUGGUGGACGCAGUCAGGGAAGGAAAGAACCAAAAUGAAAAAACCUUUGGUCUCUCAUCAGAGGACAUCUUCUCAGCCAUAUACAGGUCGGAGGAACAGAUGCUAAAGUUUAUGGGUUUGAUGAACUCAACGUGGAUCAUUGAUGGCCAUGAUAUAGUAACAGCCUUUGACCUGACCUGCUUCAAGUCCAUAGUGGACAUUGGAGGCUGUUCUGGAGCUUUGGCUCGUGAGUUAGCUAAAGCCUACACUGCUUCCACGGUUACGGUUCUGGACCUGCCUAAAGUGGUCCAAACAGCCCAGAAACACUUCAGUCAAGGCGACGACACCAUCCACUUUCAUGAAGGGGACUUUUUUGAAGAGGACCUUCCUGCUGCUGAUCUGUACGUCCUAGCGAGGAUCAUCCAUGACUGGAAGGAGGAGAAGUGUCUGACGCUGCUGAAGAAAAUUCACGCAGCCUGCCAGCCAGGUGGAGGUGUUCUGCUGGUGGAGGCUCUGCUGUUUGAGAACCACAGAGGUCCCACCAUGGCUCAGAUCUUUUCUCUGAACAUGCUGGUUCAGACGGAGGGGAAGGAGCACCCCCCUUCGCGGUACACGCACAUGCUCACUGCAGCCGGCUUCUCCGACGUGCAGGUGUGCAGGACGGGCAAAUCCUACGACGCCAUUCUGGCUCUCAAAUGACCUCACACACACACACACACACACACACACACACACACACACACAAUAUACACCAAGGCUGCAUCCCAAACGGCUCAGUAUUGGACAUCCAGUGCACUAUUUAGGAAGAAGCCAUGAGUUUUGUGACUUCUGUAGUGUACUACAUAUGAAGCACAAAGGCAUUUGGGAGCACAUACUUCAUCACAUAUAAUAUAAUCACAUUUACUGGAUUCUAGUGUUUAAAAAUCAGUGCAGUUCAAUGACCACCUUCAGACCAAUGGAUCACACUGCAUUUUUAUACACCUAGGAGUCACUAAAAAGUGUUAAAUUCCACUGAUGUUUCAAAAUAUACUUACUUUUUUCAAAAAAUACUUACGAUAUACACAGAGUCAUUCAGAGUGGUUUGGUGUGAAAUGCUCUGUCCUAGAGAAACUUACAGAGUCAGAAUUGUUCACAGUGGUGGUGA